AUCCCAGGCAGCUGCGGACCAGCCCCCUUUCGCUUCCAUUCCAUCAACAGUUUACAAGAGGAUCCGCUCACGCAGCGCUCCCUCCCUGAUUUUAGGAUUGAGAUAUGCACCCGUUGCGUGCCCUUGGAUUAAAGUGCCUAUACUUUCGUUUGCAUCGUAAACAGGCAAUGGCCCAGGGAGGAAUGGCUAUCUGAUAGCGCAACAGUUAGUUUUCUGAGAUCACAGACUCUUCAGAAGACCACAAGUGCGGGUAGGAACAGUUUGCAUUUUUGGGGAGAUCAUGGCGGCGGCCGCGGUGGAGGUGAGUGUUAGUAGCGGCAGCAGUGACACAUCUAGCACCGGCGAAGAGGAGAGGAUGAGGCGGUUGUUUCAGACGUGCGACGGAGACGGAGACGGAUACAUCAGUAGGAAUGAUCUGCUGAUGGUGUGCCGGCAGCUGAACAUGGAAGAGUCUGUGGCGGAGAUCAUGGACCAGCUGGGAGCGGACGAGCGGGGGAAGAUCUCCUUCGAGGACUUCACCCGCUGCCGCAUGCAGCUGCUGGGCGAGAUCCGCAAGGAGGAGGGGGCGCUUUCGCUCCUCUCCGACACCUCCGACAAGCGGAGGAAGCUCCGGGACCGCGUCGCCUCCUGGCCGACCAGCAGCGAGAACAGCCUUGGUGCCCUGUCAGGGGCGCGAGAGAGCUGGGAGUAUGACUCUGGGGCUCGAGACCUGCAGAGCCCGGACCUGCAGCCGUCUGGGCACCCUGCGCAGUCGCCCCAGACACAGCCCCUGCAGCCCGCCCUGCAGAAGCUUCUGGAACAACGGGGGGCAGGGCUGGAGCAGCAGGCCGCCCUCCAAAAACUGGUGUCCCAGACCGGAGCCCGCUUCGCCCCACUGGGGGGAAACUACCUGGAGCUGGCCAACACGCUCCACCUGGCAGCCCUGGCCUCGCUGAAGGGGGACGUGGUGGAGCUGAACAAGCGUCUUCUGCAGAGCGAGCGAGAGCGGGACCUUCUGGAGAAGAGGCUGGCCAAGGCUCAGUGUGAGCAGUCCCAUCUGAUGCGGGAGCAUGAGGACGUGCAGGAGAGGACAACGCUGCGCUAUGAGGAGAGGAUCACUGAGCUGCACAGCAUCAUCGCCGAGCUCAACAAGAAGAUAGACCUGCUGCAGGGCACCUCCAUCAGGGAGGAGGAUGAGUUCUCAGAGCUCCGGUCGGACCUCAGCCACAGCCAGCCGGAGGCAAAUGAGGACGGGCGCAGCGUGGACCAGGACCAGAACUCCGUGUCCCUGCCGGAGAACCAGUCCACCAUGGUCACUGCGGACAUGGAUAACUGCAGCGACCUGAACUCGGAGCUGCAGCGGGUGCUCAUGGGUCUGGAGAGCGUGGUGUGCGGACGCAAGAAGAGCACGUGCAGCCUGUCGGUGGCCGAGGUGGACCGCCACAUCGAGCAGCUCACCACCGCCAGCGAGCACUGCGACCUGGCCAUCAAGACGGUGGAGGAGAUCGAGGGCGCUCUGGGGCGCGACUUCUACCCCAGCCUGUCGGAGGAGCGUCUGCGCUGGGAGAAGGAGCUGGCGGGCCUGAGAGAAGAGAACGAUGGCCUGACCGCCAUGCUCUGCAGCAAGGAGGAGGACCUGAACCGCACCAAAGCCGCCAUGAACGGCAUCCGUGAGGAACGCGACCGACUCCGCCGUCGGGUGCGGGAGCUCCAGACCCGGCUGCAGAGUGUACAGGCCACAGGCCCCUCCAGCCCCGGGAGACUCACCCCCGCCAGCCGGCCCAUCAACCCCAGCACCGGGGAGCUCAGCACCAGCAGCAGCAGCAACGACAUCCCUGUGGCCAAGGUGGCUGAGCGGGUCAAACUCUCCAAAACCCGGUCCGAGUCCUCAUCCACCGAGAGGCCCGUCCUGGGCUCUGAGAUCAGCAGCAUCGGGGUGUCCAGUAAUGUAGCAGAGCACCUGGCUCACUCUUUACAGGACUGCUCCAACAUCCAGGAGAUCUUCCAGACGCUGUACUCACACGGGUCCGCCAUCUCCGAGAGCAAGAUCCGCGAGUUUGAGGUGGAGACAGAGCGUCUGAACAGUCGCAUCGAGCACCUGAAGUCACAGAACGACCUGCUGACCAUCACCCUGGAGGAGUGCAAAAGUAACGCUGAGAGGAUGAGCAUGCUGGUGGGGAAGUACGAGUCCAACGCCACUGCCCUGAGACUGGCCCUGCAGUACAGUGAGCAGUGUAUCGAGGCGUACGAGCUGUUGCUCGCCCUGGCGGAGACUGAGCAGGGCGUGGUGCUGGGCCAGUUCCGGGCGGCGGGGGUGGGCACCGUCGUGGAGCAGGGGGGUGACGAGAGCAUCACCCAGGUGCUGAAGAGAGCCCACGACUGCCGCAAGACGGCGGAGAACGCGGCUAAAGACCUGCUGACCCGCCUGGACGGGAGCUGUGGGGCGGCCUUCGCCGUGAGCGUGCAGCCCUGGGAGAGCCUGUCCUCCAACAGCCACACCAGCACCACCAGCUCGACGGCGAGCAGCUGUGACACAGACUUCAGCAGGGAGGACGAGCAGCGGCUGAAGGACUACAUCCAGCAGCUGCGCAACGACCGCGCGGCGGUCAAGCUGACCAUGCUGGAGCUGGAGAGCGUCCACAUCGACCCGCUGAGCUGUGACCUGAAGCCGCGCGGGGACUCGCAGCGCCUGGACCUGGAGAAUGCCGUGCUCAUGCAGGAGCUCAUGGCCAUGAAGGAGGAGAUGGCGGAGCUGAAGGCCCAGCUGUACCUCCUGGAGAAGGAGAAGAAGGCGGUGGAGCUGAAGCUGAGCACGCACGAGGCCCAGGAGCAGGCCUACCUGGUGCACAUCGAGCACCUCAAGUCCGAGGUGGAGGAGCAGCAGGAGCAGCGUGCGCGAUCGCUGGGCUCCACCGGCUCCAGUGGGAAGGAAUGUGGAGACGGCUUGUCCAGCGUCACGCUGGCUGACCUGAGAACGCACAACGACAGUGACCUGGCCGCGGAGCUGGCCAACGCACUUAGGCGGGAGAAGAAACUGAAGAGUCGGGUUCAGGAGCUGGUUGCCGCCCUGGAGAGACUCACCAAAAGCAGCGAGGUUCGCCAUCAGCAGUCCGCCGAGUUUGUCAACGACCUGAAGAGAGCAAACAGUAACCUGGUGGCGGCGUACGAGAAGGCCAAGAAGAAGCACCAGAACAAGCUGAAGAAGCUGGAGUCCCAGAUGAUGGCCAUGGUGGAGCGGCAUGACACACAAGUGCGCAUGCUGAAGCAGCGGAUCGCGCUGCUGGAGGAGGAGAACUCACGGCCCCACGCCAACGAGACCUCGCUCUGAGGGACGAGGGACCCCGCUGCACAGGAAGUGACCUCGUUGCGUGCCUCCUCCGCCGGGCGUCAGCUUUUCGGCGUGACCGCACACGGCCACUAGGGGGCACCCACCCCCUAUGGUCCGUCAAGGCAAACACACGUUUGACUCGCACCUGCAGUUCAGCUCCGCCCCUCCAACUGAAAGUAUUACAUCACUUCCUGGCAGGGAGUGGGACAAGUACAGUAGCACACAAUAUCCCUAGGCUUUGGAGUUUGAGUGACAGCUGCCAGUCAGUGCUGGAGACUAAUAUUAACUUAAUUUGCUCAUCUCUUUCCUGUUUUGCCUAAGACUGUGGGUGGAGUAUUUUUAUAUUGGAGGAGGUGCUGUAAUGUGCCCCCCCCUCCCCCACACCUUUUCAUUAUUUUACACCUGUCAUUUACUGCUCCAUACGCAUAACCAAACUUUAGUUUCCUUCGCAUUUGAAGUAUUGUCAAAUGUUUUUAUGCAAUUCCUGCCGGAACAUGGCGCCAGCAUCCUCAGUGCCCACGGGUCAGUGUGUGCGCUCCUCUAGUUCUCUUUUCACACGGACAGGGAAGCAGCUCUGUUCACACUGCAGUAACGGCCAACAAGCUUCUCUCCACAUCCAUUCAUCUUGGUUUUAGCAUUUUAUUUACGCUUUAUUUGCGCGGUGGCUAACGUGCCCCAUGGGCCAGUCCUCGACUCCUCGUUUUUCGUGUCAGCUGCUGUCUAUCCUUCUGUUCAAAAUGGGUGGAGCUGAGAAACCUAGGAUCAGCCAGCUCAUUGGCAGGCCUAGCAGAUACUGGCACAAGAGCCCUGUUCCUCAAGUAAUGGUCCUUACAGGCCAAGAUCUGCUGGGUUUCCACCCUCCCUUUACCUGGGAGUCGGGAGUGAAGACAGUCUGGCCAAACAGUAGCACUAAUUAUUCAGUGAACUACCUGGGAGGAAAGAAAACCAGGUUUGGCUGAUUCCAGUUCCCCUUUUGCAGAAUUAAGAGUCAAACUACUCAAACUCAGCAAUACAUGGCUAAUGGUUUUCAUGAACCUGAGCACCUUUUCAGAUACAUAAAAACAAUAACGUUAUUAACUUUGCUUCACAAUAAAAUACAUUAAAAUGAUCAGUGGCAGUAUUAUGUAAGCAAACAGAUUGGUUAUUGUUGCAUGUAGUAAGCCUAUGUUACAAAACACCAGACCAACCUUAACAGUGUAAAUACAUUUUGAAUGUAGCGUGGAUUUAUUUUUCAGAUGAAAUAUGCAAAAAACAUUAUUACUAUGUAUAUGUGGUUAUUACAGAAGCAAAUACAGGAAAGAAAUUCCCAGUCAGCUGUGAAGGGGUUUGUAUUUUCAGUGAACACAGCACCUCCUUGAACAGAAUGACAAAUACUAAUAAAACUGCAAUUCUGGGGAAUUCUAUAUUCGUUAAAUCAGAUAUUCAGUAUUAAAAAAAGUGUGUAUUGCGAAAGUUUAUAUGAUUAGGUUUUAAAAUAUAAUAAGCAGAAAGUACAAGAGCAGUGUGAAUAAAAUGUUUUUCCUGAAGGUAUGUGUUACCAGGCCUUCACCUGUAGAAUGGGCAGCAUGGAAAGCCUUUGAUGUUAUAUAAUGACAUCAUCACUGGUGGCAUACGUAACCAUUAUAAAGGCGCAGUGUGCCAAUCGUGGAUGCUCUCUCCCUGGCUAAGGGUCCAAUUUUCACUGGACAAACUUAUUUUCAGUUUUACUCUUUUGGGUCAUCUUGUUCAAAUCUUGAAGCAGAGAUCUUGGAAAAUGCCUGGUUGUUUAUUCUCGGGGGAAAGCUCGUACUAUGUUAUAUAACACGCACUGGUUGCGUUUUGCUCAACUACAUAAUUUUUCAGUGAUCAUGUAAUGAAAUUGUCGCACUGUCCGUCUUUUGAUCCUGACCAACAAGGUUGUGACCUAACAAACACUGUUACUAUCCUGUGCCACAGAGAAUACAGUGUAAAAUUCCCGUUGCCAUUUGAAAUGCCGCAUCAGUCUCGUCUCUUUUUCAGAAAUGAUCAGUUCUCAUGUGGUAUACUUCACGGUUUCACUUGUUUAAUUUUUGAGCAUUUACGAAUGAAGCCAUCAUUCUGUUUGGCAUGGUUUUGAUGGUUGUAGAAUCCGCACCGAAGCAUUUAAGGGUGACAGAGGAUUCAUAAAAUUCUCUUUACAGCUUCAUUAAAUAAUCUGAUGCUUUUAACGGAUGUUUUAAACUUGCAUCCAGGUUUUAUUGUGGCCUAAAAACUGGGGAGAGAAACAACAACGUCGAGUUCAGAAGUCUUUGACAGUUCAGUUUAGAUUGCUUCUUAGUGGUUAUCUUAAAGUAAGACUCUGUGGAGGUUCAGUUGGUAAUUAGCUGUCAUGCAGUGUGUUUUCCAGCUGGUUUCCCUGUGCAAAUGAGCCUUGAAAUUUGCAAUGUAGCACAGCCAUGAACUGCAAACUGAAAUUCUAUUUGGUCCACAAUCGCCAUGCCAGCAACACCCCCUCCUGGUCUGCGAUCUCGGUCUCUGUCUCCACCAAGACACCCCCACCAAAAUCUGCAAUCAGAAAUGUACAGCCCCCCGUGCCAACAAGUUAAACUGUGCCUAAGAUGUAGCCUCAUAGUUUUCCUGUAAGAACCCAGCCCUGGUAACAGGGCUUGCCGCCGUUGAUGAAAACGAACAUGUAGCUCACUUCCGUCUCGUCACAGCUGGGUCCUCUAAGUUCUGAGCUCUUUCAAAAAAAUAAUCUCGCAUUUUACCGUUUCACGAACACAUCGGCGCCUCAUCGAUCCGGCGGAUGAGGAGAAUUGUAAAGUGUGCAAUUUCUGUUGCCACAACCCAGAUAGUUUUACCCCCCUGGGAGGGGAGAUGGUGAGAAGAGGGGGGUGAGGGUUUGGUAACUUUACCUAAAUUGCACAGAUCUGUUUUUGAAUCAAAUCUUUGCAAUCAUUUUUUUUAUUUUAAUACAGAAUGUAUUUGUUUAUAUAAUAUUGAAAUAAACUGAUUUCAAAAUAAA